AUGCCCCUCCCUCCGUCUCCCCUGAAACUCUCACACCGCUACCCAUCAGCAACAGACGACUCACCCAUCUCCCCCGGGACAACUGGGAAUACUUUUGCAGUUGCAAGCCCCCGGUCACCGCGGACACCCCGAUUAUCUGCGCCUCCGUCUCCCGUCGCGUCCCGCCAUAACUCAAACGCCAUGAGUGGGUCCCACCGAGAAUCCGGAGAUUUCUCUGGCGCCGCUGAUGCAGGUGGCGGAGGACUGGGAAAUCUGGCGGAUGAGCUAGCCGAUGCAUGGGAAGAAGAGGAGGAUGGAUAUGGAUAUGCGUCAGGCCAGGAAGCCAGUCGCGCGGGCUCACAGCAAAUGGGUCACAGUGAUGGAGAAGAUAUGUAUAUGCAAUCAGUGCACAGCGUGCGCUCCCGGUCACCUUCGCUCUCACCAGAAAGAGAUUCGCUCCAUCCGUCAAGGAACAAAUACCGCGCAAAUCAUUUGCGGCAGCACCGCCGGCAGGAGUCGCAAUAUGAUGGCUCGGAUUAUGGGCCUGACUCAGAUCUAGAGGAGGCGGAUAUCUCCCCCGCCUUGGAGAGCCAAAUGGCUGAGAUUGAGAGUCUCGUUCGGCGGGGUAUAGAGAAUAACGGAAGUGAAAACGACCAUGUCAUUCAACGGACGGUUGAGUCAUUGAAAGAUCUUGGUGGACAGAGUGGGAUUGAGAACAGUGCCAUGAGACUUAUCACCGCUCAUUCCUCAAUCACAUCACAUCUCACCCACCAAACCCGCGCCCUCCAAUCCCUCGUCCACCCUCUCCUCUUCUCUCCAUUCCCCCUCCUUUCGGAGGACGCCAUCGACUCUCUCAUGCCCCUUAUCGACGAAGGCUUAUUGCCAAAUCUCCCAUACCCCUUCCCCGAACAGAACCAAGACUCCCAAUCAACAGCCCCUCAGUCCCCCGCACACAACCCCCUGGCCUCUCUCCAAGCCCUCAUCUCGCAAACAGCAGAUAUCACACAUACACUUCGUGGCUUAAGCGAUACACUCUACGAGUCGAGACAAUUGACUUCAACGGCUUCGCGCCGGUUACGCUCUGCGCGAGAACUCGUCGCUGACAUUCGGCGGGAAGAAGAGAGUCGCGAAGAGGGUUCGCGGUGGAUCGAGCGCGGUGAGUGGGACCGUCGGCUCAAAGACCGAGAGGCUGGUAAGGUCUGUGGCGACGUAGUCAGUGGCUUUGAAGCUGUCUGUGGGGAAUGGCGGGAGAAGCUGUUUGGGGCUAAUGCUGAAGUGGCUGCUGCAUAA